CCCGCAAGCCGCGCUUUACCACCCUCACAAUCGUCACAAUGGCCGGCGGACACGAAGCUCUUCACAAGGAUCCCGCGAUCAUAAAAUGGAACAACAUGGUGGUGAACCGCCAUAAGUACUUCCGCUGGACGAAGCGCACCGCGUUCAUUACGACCAUGUACGUCGUUGUUGUCCCUGCGACAUUGGGCUACUUCGGUUACAUCACUGAUGGCAAGUGGGAUAUGCGUGGAAAGAGGAGGGGAGACACCAUCUCUGAGUUCUAGAGCAGAGAUAGGGGGAUUGCUGAGGAGGAAGAAAGUCAUAUGUAUACACUACAAGGAACGCAGAGCUAGCCAGCGCAGCUGCGAGAUCGAGGCAAUGAACUCUUCU